CUCGGAAGAUCGAGUGACAAGAUGAAUCGACUCCGUUCUGCGGCUGGCAAGACGUACAAGGGAGUUGACUCUGUCGUCUCUGCUGGAGCUAAUGAAGUUGUCGGUGUCAUGCAAGUCGGUGUCGACAAUGUGCUGGACAGGACGCUCGACUACGCUGGCAAGGUCGUUGCUGACUCCAUCAAGGACCCCGAGAUGCCCAAAUGGGUCCAGCGCGGUGUCGACGACAUGGUCGGAGAGAUCUGGCCCGACGUCAAGGAAGAGUCCAAGUCCAAGGUCCUGUCGGGCGUCCACAAGAAGGUGCCUGUGGUGGAGGGCUCGCCGCCGUCGUGGUGCCCGAACCCGUACCGCCCGAUCCGAGCCUUCUUCCUCUACCACAUGUUCCCGUCGGACAAGACCAUGUGGGGCUCGUUCAAGGACCCGAUCUGGUGGUUCUUCUCGCUCUUGGCGCUGGUCCCGGUCUUUGGCAUUUCGCAGAUCCUGUACAUUAUUGUCUUCCUCGUCAUCGAUUGGGGUGACGAGUACCAGCUCGUCCACUUUAUCCUCUCGUUCAAGGGCCUACAGUUUGUGACGACCGGCUUCCUCCCUGCGCUCAUCUCCGCUGUCCAGUUCUACGUCUGCACCGCACACACCGGGCGGUGCGACCGCGACGGCCCUGGUGAGCCGCUCUGGACGUACGGCCUCUUCCUCGGCCAGAUCCUCAUUGUGUGGCUCGCCUUUGUCCUCCUUCCGUACUCGGUCAAGAAGGGCGCCCGCUCGCUCAUUGUCCGCGGUCGGGCCAUGCGCAAGUUUGACUACGAUGACGACGGCGUGCUCUCACCUGAUGAGGCCCGUGCCUACCUCCGACGCCGCGACACGCAAAGGCCAAGGCCAAGGCCAAGGCCAAGGCCGCCAAGCGCAAGGCCAAGAACUCGGACUCGAGCGACGGCGACGAGUCGUUUGACGAGCACGCCAUCGGCUCGCCGGGCUCGCCCUGCUGCUGCUGCACCUGGUACGCGGGCCGCGGUGGCCGGCUCCGUGCCUUUCUCUACUACGACAUGGUUGUCCUCCUCAUCGCUCUCAUCCUGGUCGCCAUCCCGCUCUACUUUGGUCCGACGCCGGUGACCGACGCGGAUGCCGAUGGCGACGGCGGCAAGGACGGCCCGGUGGAGGACACGUGGAAGUUCCGCGCCUCGAUCCACUUUGUCAAGGUCUUUUACGGUGUCUUCUCGCUCCCCUUUGUCUUUUUCAACCUCCCGUUUAUGGGCAAGUUCCUUACCCACGCCCAGCCGACGGCGUAUAACCGCCACGGUACCACUGUGCCGUACGUCAAGCCCAAGAAGAUCGCCGACUCGGAGGACAACUCGUCGUACUCGGACGACGCCCGAACCCGGGCACCGCCGCUCACGUCGAAAUGGCCCGCCUCCGCGCCAUCUCACGCCGCUUCCGCGGCUCGUCCAACUCGGAGUCGAUCGACGUCGACGCAAAGGCUGAAGAGCUUGCCCGCAAGGAGAAGGCUGCUGCCAAGGCCAAGGCCAAAGCCAAGGCUGCUGCCGCUUCCGCCUCCUCCCGCCGCUCCAAGUUCAAGACGCGGUUCUUUGGUUCGUCCGACGACGAGGACUCGGACGAUGACUACACCUAUGACGUCGUCUCUUCGUCUGAUGACAACCGCGACGCAUCCGACGACGAGGCGUACUCCUCGUAGACUUCACCAUGCCUCCUCUUACUAAACCAUCUCAUCACUCUCA